CUGUGAGUCAACAUGCCAGCCUUUCAUUCAGCCGUUUUGUGUCUCGCACUCUCUUUCUCGUCAUUCCUUGCGAACGCGCAACCGGCGCCCGAGGUCCAGCAGCGCAUUUCUCAGGCGAUCGCAAAUGCAGCCAAUGAGACGAGCCCGGACUAUACGUCUUUCGUUAAUGUUUUUAUCGGAACAGACAACUUUGGCGAUGUCUGCCCUGGUGCUUCCGUUCCUUAUGGCAUGGCCAAAAUCACCACCGAUAUGACAGGUUACUCGCCUUCUGGCUACAUCACCGACGCCACCCAGUACAUCCGCGGCCUCAGCCCCCUCCACGACAGCGGCACCGGCGCCUCAGGCGACUACGGCAACUUCGCCGUCAUGCCCCUCCUCUGCCCUGACGGGUACACUACCUGCGCCACCAGCUGGAACAACCGCCAGCGCUACCGCAAGGCCAACACCGACGACGGCUCCCCGGGAUACUUCGCUCUCACGCUCGACAACGAGAUCAAGAUGGAGGCGACGGCGACGAGGAGGGCGGGCUUGGAGAAGUUCACCUUCCCGGAGGGGGCGAAGCCGUACUUUCUGAUUGAUCUGGCGAACGAUUUGACGCAAAGUUUUGCGGGUGGGGAGAUGAGUAUCGUUCCCGAGCAAGGGAGGGUGACGAUUGGAGGGUGGUAUGGUUCGAGCUUCGGUCCCGGCUCCUUCAAUUACCAGACGUUUGCCUGCUACGACCUCUUGAACGGAGGAAACCAAACCCUUGACGAGUACGGCGUCUGGACGGCGAACAACUACGGCCUCGACGCCAAAGGCCUCGGCCAGACCCACCUCAACCUCACCCGCUCCCUCAUCGGCGACCACUACGAAUCCGGCGCCCUCUUCUCCUUCGCCACGCCCACCUCCACCUCCUCCCCUCCCCAAAUCACCCUCCGCGUCGGCGUCUCCUUCGUCUCCGCCGCCCAAGCCUGCGCGAACGCCGAGUCCGAGGUCGGCAGCAGGUCGUUCGACGAGGUGUGGGCGGAGGCGCGCGAGUUGUGGAAUGAGAAGCUGAUGCGGAUCGAAAUUGAUGUGGGCGGGACGCCGCCGAAUGUGACGGAGAUGCUGUAUUCGUCGCUGUAUAGGGCGAAUCUGACGCCGAACAAUGCGACGGGCGAGACGCAGGGCAAGUAUGCGGGCACGAGCUCGUAUUACUUCGACUCGUUUUAUGCUAGCUGGGACACCUACCGUACCUUCUACCCGCUCAUGACGCUCACCUCCGCCACCGAAUACGCACAAAUCGUUGACUCCUACAUCGACGGUUGGCGCAAGGAAGGCUGGCUGCCCGAGACGCGCGCAAAUAACCUGCCCGGGUGGACGCAAGGCGGCUCCUCCGCGGACAACAUCCUCUCCCACUUCGCCGUCCACUACCACAACGAGGCAUCCGCGCUCGGCAUCGAUCUCGACGAGCUGUACUCUGCAGUGCUCACUGACGGCGAGGUCAAUCCGCCAGAGUGGAAUAUCUAUGGCAGGCAAUCGAAUGUGUACAAGCAAUACGGCUAUAUCCCUUAUAACGUCCUCGACACGUCCAGCGUCGGUCGGCAGACGCGCGAGGCGAGUCGAACGCUCGAGUACGCCUUCGAAGAUUUCGGCAUCCGGCAGGUCGCGCAGCUCCUUGGGCAUGCGGACGAUGAGGACAGAUACACAAACCGAUCCUACUGGUACCGCAACGUCUGGGACUCGAGCGUCGAGAGCGAUGGCUUUACUGGCUUCCCGCAGAAGCGUUCCCCGGACGGCAGUUUCAGCUACACGGACCCCAUCAACUGCUCGCCGAAUGACUCGAACACGAGCCGACCGUGCUCUUUGACGGAAGACAACGUGAACGGCUUUUACGAGUCCUCAGCAUGGGAGUAUGCCUGGUUCGCGCCGCACGAUACGGCGCAUCUCAUCGAGGCGAUGGGAGGGAACGCACGUAUUGACACCUUCGUCAGCCGCCUUGACCACUUCUUUGAUGCAGGAUACUACCUGGCCGGCAACGAACCGUCUUUCCAGACGCCCAUCGGCUACCACUACGCGGAUCAUCCGACGAAGUCGGUAGACCGCGUGCGCGAGGUGGUCUUCAAGAACUUUGGCAUCACACCGGCGGGACUGCCUGGAAAUGAUGAUCAAGCCGCUAUGGCAUCGCUGCUGACUUUCCACAUCCUUGGCUUAUAUCCUGUUCCAUCCACCACCCAGCUCCUCAUUCUCUCACCCUUCGUUCCGAAGUACACGAUUCACAAUCCUUACCUCGGUAUCAGCACGACAGUGACAGUCGUCGGCUACGACCAAGCAUCCGUCGCGCAGACGAUUCCGGAUGGGGUGUCUGCGUACGUUGAGAGCGUCGCGAUCAACGGGGAGACCCUCACAUCGCGGUGCCACUUCGACUUCUACGACGCCUUCCGGCUGGGAGGCAAUAUCACCAUAACGCUGACAUCGGACAAGGCGGCGGCGGAUAAUUGCGGUGACGCAGUCCCGGAGAGCCUGUCGACUGGCGGUUUCUCAAGUACUCGUUGA